CAACUAUUGAAUAACUGAAUGGGAGUGUGAGAGGUGACAGGCAGGGAUUGGGAGUAACUAGAGAGAGGUAAGAUGUUUUAGGCGGUCUGAGUAGCAACCCGCCCUUGCUGAGGCGUCCCAAGUUACGUUAAUGCUGCGGUUGUGCUCCUGUACUGCUUGUUGCUGCUUGUUACUGCUGUGUGCUCUUGUACUUGGCAGCCAACCACGCGUGGACUUUGAUGUCCGUGGCGGUGGAUCGGCCGCCGCCCGUGCUCGGCCGGGUUUAGACAGGGAGCAAGUCGGAGAAUGGGGAUUCUCGGGUUCAUUUUGUUGUGCGGUUGGCUGGCUGGGCCAAUGAUUUCUGUUUCUCUUUUUUCUGGCUUUUUGGCUUUUGGCUUUUGGCUUUUUUUUCUUCUGGGUCAUGGGUUGGUUCUCUCCAUCCAGCUCCUCUCGGCACGCCAACGAAGAAUUAGCUCCGCCCGUCUUUUCCUCGUUGGUGUGUCUCAGCUCAGUCUCACAGGCUUUGCCUUUCGUUGCAGCUCAGGCCGAGCUUCAGGGUCCGCCGCCCCACGGAAGGACGCCUCCGAAUGUGCGCUGGUUCGCACCCCUCACCUCACCUCCAUUCCGUUCCCCUCCCGCCCCGGAUUUCACAUGGCAUCCAUCCAUCUUAUCUUGGCUGCUCCCUUUUCUGGCGCCGGCUCGGCUUGUCGUGGCAUGGCGUCUUGUCCAACCAGCAUUUGGGGCGCAGUGCGUCGGUCAAGACUUAGGUGAGGAGGCAUGUACCUCGGGCUGUAUGUAGAAGAGAUAGACAGACGGAUACGGGCUGUGCUAAGCUGAGGUGUGCUGGGCUAGCAGCUUCUCUUGGGUUUUGUUGUGUGAGCAUUUAAUAGC